UGCUCUGGAUUGUAAGCAUAGUGAAUAUGGGAAAAAAAGAAAGGUGAAAUUCUUUUACUUGAAUCCACUGUCUACUGAUGUGUCUCCUGGUGUCUUUUCUGAAGGUUUACUUUUCUUUCCAGAAGCCAGCAAGUUCUCCCUGAUGCAUCCUCUUCUUCUUUCAGAUGCUGCGUGGAACAAUUGGGUAGAAAAUAACACUGAGUCCCACGUAGAAAACAUCACCUUGUAUCAGAAUCAAGAGGACAUUUCAACAGUGGCCUUCAAAGGGGAUGUGUUGAGUCAGACCUCCGGGAAGAGCCACGCUGCUUCGGAUGCUCCAGAAAACCUCACUCUGUUCACUGAAACAGCAGAUGCUAGAGGAAGGAACGGCUCUUCAAGUAGAACAAACUUCACUAUUUCACCUGUUGGGUACUCGCUGGAGAUAGCAGCAGCUCUGACUUCCCAGAGCGGCGCCUUAGCCUCGGAAAGUCUUCACCUGCCAUCUAGCAGUUCAGAGUUCGGUGAAAGAGUUGCCCCUUUGCAAGCAAAGAGUGGAACAACCUCAGAGAUGGGAACAGAGAGGGCAAUGGGGCCGUCAGAAGGAGUGUCUGUGCACAGCCAAGAGGCCACGACUUCAGUUUUGAGCCCGUCCUCUCUUCCUGCUUUGGAGAUGGGAGAACUGACCAUGCCUCCUCAGAAGAGAAAUUCCUCAGGCCCAGAUCUCUCCUGGAUGCAUUUCUCCAGGACACUGGCUUCGUCUCCUCUCUCAGACCAUCUCUCAUCUUCUGGAAGUACAGAGAAGCUUAACAAGUCCACUGGCGUCCAGAGCCCCUCAGUCAGUCAAACAAAGACAAUGCACGUUGCCACCGUGUUCACUGAUGGUGGCCCCAGAACGCUCCGAUCUUUGACAGUCAGUCUGGGACCUUUAAACAAGACCGAGGGCUUCCCUGAGGACUCCAGAAUUGCCAUGACUUCAGCCUCAGUCCAUCCUUCACCCUCUGCCGUGGAAUCACAAAGCAACAGAGGAGUAACUGGGAAUCCAGGGGAUGGGGAAUUCAUUGAACCAUCCACGGAACAUGAAUUUGGACUUAAAUCUUUGCAUUGGCAAAAUGAUUCCCCAACCUUUGGAGAACAUCAGCUUUCCAGCAGCUCUGAGGUGCAAAAUGGAAGUCUCUUGUCUCAGACUGAGACUGUGUCUAGGUCAGUGGCACCCAUGAGAGGUGGAGAGAGCACUGCACGCUGGCCCUUGACCAACAGCGCGGCAUCUGCAGAUGUGACAGCAAGCUCUGCUUCGUAUCCUGAAGGUGUGAAUGCUUCAGUGUUGACCCAGUUCUCAGACUCAACUCUACGGUCUGGAGGAAGUCACACAGCAUUGGGAGAUAGGAGUUAUUCAGAGUCUUCAUCUACAUCUUCCUCAGAAAGCUUGAAUUCAUCACCAGCACGUGAAGAACAUUCAAGUGAGUUUUUCCAGUUCAUGCAACUGUGCCCCAUGGAGGAGAGAGGGACUCAUGAUGCUUAUGACAUCUGCGGCAUAUUAAAACUAUGCAUGAGGGCUGGUUACAAUGGCUCAUACCUGUAAUCCCAGCACUUUGGGAGGCCAAGGC